AUGUCCUCCCGCCUCCUCCGCCUCCCCCUCCGCCUCCGUCCCCUCCACCGCACCCUCACCACCACUGUCCCCCGGCACUCAUCAAUCCCCCCCGCGCCCCCCUCACCGCCCCGCCUCUCCCCGGCCGAACAAGCCGAGUUCGAGCGCCUGCAGCGACUGUCCUCGGGCGCCUUCUCGACGUCGCAGCACUACGAGCCCGGCGUGGAGAAGGAGGGCGAACUGGUGCAUCCGGACAUCAGGCGUGGCGCGCCACCGGAGUUUGAGGGCGAUGUCAAUCCGAAGACGGGCGAGGUGGGCGGGCCGAAGAAUGAUCCGCUGAGGCAUGGGGAUUAUAGUUUUAAUGGGAGGGUGACGGACUUUUGA